AUGUUUUCUGCAACUUCGUCAGGGCUUAACUUUUCUGCCUCAUGGUCUGAGUAUAUUCACAAGAAUCCAAAUGGCAUGCGUGGCGAUUGGCUUGUUCUCAUCAACUUCUCUGGAAGACGCUGGACUUGUCGGUGUCCACUGCUUAAACGCCUUGUUAUGCCUGCUUGGGAUAAACUAGAAAAGCCAACUAUACGCAGUGCUAUUGGUAUAUGGAAAGAUCUUGAAUCACUGACAAUGCCUAGUAUAGAAAAACCUGCAGAUGUCAUCAAGAAAAUUGCAAGGAAUUGCAAAAAGUUUUCUGAGCUCAAGAUUAUGGGGCCCUGUGAAAUGCUGUUUGCAUCUACACUGGUAUCAUUUCUUCCAAACUUGGAAGUGUUGAGUGUGAGGUGCACGGUGUUGUGUAAACCUGCUCUGGUUAUUAUCUUGGAGGGGUUAAAAAAGUUGAAAGUGCUCAACAUAUCUCAUUGCAUAAUUACUGAAGACCCUCCACCCACACCAAUGAAAAUUCUGACCAAGCUUGAUAAAUCAAUUCUCGAAGAAGCGUCUAGGUUACACAAAUUCCUAACCUUCAUGAAUGACUCAUACAUCACAUGGCAGCGCACUCGAAAUGAUGAAGGGCUGAUGAGGUGGUAUAACUGUAUAAGUAUGAAGAAUUCUGGAAAAUGGAUGAGGUGA